AUGGCGUCGCGGGCAGGAUCGAAGAUCUCCAAGCCGACUGCGCGGGAGCUGAAGGACAGCAAAUUGCCGUGUCCCAGCUCCAGCAACUCCGAAGAUAUGGUUGACAACAUUGUGAGGAAGAUAUUCGCCAGUAAUGCGCUCAAUCUGAAUGUUACUCCGCCGUUGCCCCCACCAGAGAAGUUCACCGCGGGCUGCAACUACCCACAAUGGGAACUCCAAGCUCGUGCUUACAUUCGGAGGUUCCCAAAGGAAGAACAAGGUGUUGCCCUGCCAGGUUUGCUGACCAGAGACGCUGCGGAUCGCGCAUUCCAAGCCAACGUCUUCGACGGCGAUGACCUGGAAGCCACAUUCGCUCAGUUACGUGAGCUGCUGGACACGUCGCUACAUCCUGUCGAAUAUCAGACGCAGUUCCACACGGCGCGCCAGGAGAUGGGCGAGACAACCGAAGCGUACGCGUAUCGUGUGAGGCAGCUUGUGGCGAAAGCGUUUCCGAGGGACACGAGCGAAGGGCAGGAGCGCCGCGCAUUGGAACGCUUUGCCUCGGUUCUAUGA